UAAAAGGGAUCCAAACGCACUCUUCUCCAGUCACAUCGCCUUUUCUGCCACUACCAUAAGUUAUAAUUCUGCCUCCUGCAUCAAGCAAACAGUCUUUACAUCAACUUUCUCAUAAUCAGGUAGCGACUUAAGAUGCCGGGAGAAAUUGUCAGGAAGACAAUUACAAAGAAAACUCACGAUAGCCACCCGAACCAUGAGCUUGAGCUGAAGAAUUAUCGAAAGCCAUACAGGUGUGAUGGAUGCCUGGAGCCUGGUCAUGGACCAAGAUAUAGAUGUGACCUGUGUGACUUUGAUCUCCAUGAAGAGUGCAUGUUCACUACCCCCACAACUUCCCACGAGUUCUUUAAAGGAUCCACCUUCAAAUUCUUUAAUCAACCUCCGGGAAGAUGCUGUGUGAGUAACUGUUAUGACUGCAAAAGGUAUUGUGAUGCAUGCGGACAGGCUAUAAAUGGCUUUGUUUAUCACUGUGAAGAAAAAGGUUGGGAUUUGCACCCUUGUUGUCGUAACCUCAAGAAUAAAAUUUAUAUUGAUGGUGUGGAAUUCCGGCUUUGCAAUAAGGUGUCCCAGAAGUGCCUAUGGUGCAAGAAGAGGAAGCUUUCGAAUGGUGUCAAGGACAUCCCUGGUUGGUCUUAUUUGGCCAAGAGUGACAAUUGCCAUUUUCAUGUGUAUUGCGCAACGGAAAUGGUGCUUGAGAGUUGGAAAAAGGGGCCUAAAGAUAGUAACUGUUUGGAGUUGGAGAACCUGGAGCUGGAACUACCACUUCAAGCUAACUUGUUUAGAAGACGUGGAAGAGGUAGCAAGUAUUUGCGGAUUCUGAAGUUCCUUGGGAGCAUUCUGGCUAUCCUUUUAGGCGAUCCAACCAUAACUUUGGCUUGCCUCUUUGUGGAACUGGUGUCCAAAUGAUCCUCAAGAUACAUUAUCUGGUGCUCACGAUAUUAGAAAGCACUUAUUUGCUGAGUUUGGGUAGUUUUAUAUUAGAAAGUUAUACUUCAUUUUUUUCAGUUCAUUUGAACACAGUGCAGCAUCCUAUAGUUAAUUCUUGUGUAGUUGAUAUUCUUUUUCUAUACCUUGUAUCUUCUUUGUGAGUAUUUUUUUUAUUCUUCCUAUCCUAUUUAACUACUGAUUCUUUUUGCUAGUUUUGCUUCAUCCGUAUACUAUCACCACUUUCAUAGCAAUUUGGGCAGUUUGUUGCUCUCAAUGGCCACUAAAAAAUAGUUUGUUAUGUUCUCCUAUGGGCUUGGGAAGUCUACAGUGUGCUUUUUAUGAGAUGUUUUAUCCUUCCCUGCUAUUGUUGAUUCAAUCCAGUGGUCCUUGGCUGGAUGUGUAAACCCUUGGGUAAAACCCAACCUUGUAUUUCUUCUUAUCCUAAACCUUGUUUUCACAAGUAUAUGGUGUUAUUCAUUUUUCCCCUGCUG